AUGGCUGGCCCUAAAACGAUAUCAAUUCACGCGCCCUCUCUCGGUGCAGAAUUGACUGGAGCUUUGGACAGUGAGAAUAACAUCGCGCUCUUUCGUGGAAUCCCUUUUGCUACUGUAACCAAGCGAUGGACCCAUAGUGAGACUACACACUCGCUUGGUAAGUCAUUCGACGCUACCAAGCUGGGAUAUCGAUGCAGCCAGGGAAAUGGAAUGGUUCUUGUGUCGGGAGGAACAAAUGAUCCCCUUCCCGGUGACGAUGAGUUCAAGUGCCUCAAUCUCAAUAUCGCUGUUCCCGUGGAGUCUUUGAAGGGCUCUCGGCCAUUACCAGUUAUGGUUUGGAUUCAUGGAGGUGGGUUCGCCUUUGGUGCCAACUCUGUCGCGCGCUAUCGCCCGCAGGCAAUCGUCGCGCAUGCUCGUAAGUGCGGGACACCUGUCAUCUUGGUUUCGAUCAACUAUCGACUCGGUGCAUUGGGCUUUGCUGCCUCCCAAGAUCUAGCCGAAGAGGGACACGGCGGUUCCAAGACACAUCCAGUUGGAAACUACGGGCUCAUCGACCAACGUAAUGCCUUGGAAUGGGUGAACCAGCACAUCCAAGAUUUCGGAGGCGAUCCGUCAAACAUCACUGUCUUUGGUGUGAGUGCUGGUAGUAUAAGCAUUCACCUCCACCUACUUGCCCAACACGCCUUGUUUGAUCGUGCCAUCAUGAUGUCUGGUACUGCGCCUAUUCUGGGCCCAUUGUCAAUGGAGCCCUAUGAGAAGGAGUGGAGCCGACUCUGUCAAAAAACUGGAGUAACAGCAUCAACUGCGUCUAAGCGAUUGAAGCAACUUCGCUCGUUGAGCACGGCGGAGAUUCUACAAAAUUCUACGCCGGCCGCUAUGGGCCCUGUUGCCGAUGGCAAGCUCCUGCCAGAAGGUUGGACCUACGAUGACAAUGUUGCCAAUACUCGAUGCAAGGAGUUCAUUCUCGGAGAUACCAACGUCGAGGCAAUUAUCUUCGAUGGUCUGCUUAAGCGUCUGCCGCAAGAACGUUUCCAUCAAUUGGUUGAUGUUGCAUUUUCAUCGCAGGAUGCUCAACAGCUGUAUUCCAUGUUCGGAUUCAGUCGUGAAACGCAGUCUGAGGAAAGUUUUCGCAAGGCUUUCAGGCUUUUGGUUGGGAAUACGUUGUUCAAUUAUUCUCAUCUUGGAAUCGCCAAUGCAUCGAUAAAUUCCGAUACGUGGAGAGAUAAUGUUUACUAUUACCACUGGGAGGAACCUUCGCCUUUUCCGGGCCCCACGUACGGGUACUCAUAUCAUGGUCUUUGUGCGAUGCUCAUGCAUCUGAACGAGUUACCGAACUGUCCACCGGAGACUCAAAAGGUUUCGCUAGAAGCUGCUCGUAUCUGGACGGCUUUUGCGCAUGGCCAGAAGCCAUGGGAAGCGUAUUCUCAAGAUCAAAAAUUCAUGCGCUUUGGUCCGCAUGGAGAAUGUGGAAUGCAUAGCUUUGAAAGUGAUAACACAAGAGACUAUGGCUUUCAGAACUGGUUGGGAGAGCACAUUGGUCAGGUCGGAAAGUUUGUGCGGAAGCUCAUAUUGAAUUUGGAAAAUGAUGAGGUCUAG